AUGGCGACAUAUAAGACGUUUCUGAGCGAAAUCGGUUAUCUUGUGCCACAGGGCCAAGGCUUUGCGGUUGGCACUGACAAGGUGGACCCGGAAAUCGGAACUGUCGCCGGCCCACAACUGGUCGUACCUGUCAUGAACGCGCGCUACGCACUGAACGCUGCGAACGCCCGCUGGGGAUCACUGUACGACGCGCUGUAUGGCACCGACGCCAUGGGAUCGAAACCGCAAGCCGGUGGAUUUGACAUGGCACGUGCUGCGGACGUGAUUGCCUACGCCCGCAACGUACUCGAUGAAGCGGUUCCUCUUGCUGCGGGAAGCUGGUCGGAUGCGACCGGUUUCAGCAUUCAGAACGAAGUCCUGAAAAUCGCGACAGAAAAUGGUGAGACCACCCUGGAAGAUGCGUCUCAGUUUGCCGGUUACUCGGGCGAGACGGCAGCACCAUACAAGAUCCUGUUGGUGAAAAACGGCCUGCAUCUGGAAAUCAACAUCGAUGCGCAGCAUCCGAUCGGAAAGACCGACAAGGCACAUGUGUCCGAUGUGGUUCUGGAAUCGGCCAUGUCCACGAUCAUGGAUUGCGAAGACUCGGUCGCAGCUGUCGACGCGGAAGACAAGGUCGUCAUUUACACCAACUGGCUCGGGUUGAUGAAGGGUGAUCUGGAAGAAUCCUUCCGCAAGGGAGACAAAGAGGUGACGCGCCGGCUUAAUGCCGACCGGCACUACACGGCGCCCGACGGCAGCGCGCUGACACUUCACGGCCGCUCGCUUCUGCUGGUUCGCAAUGUCGGGCAUCUUAUGACCAUUGACGCUGUUCUGGACAAAGACGGAAACGAAGUGCCGGAAGGUAUGCUCGACGGCAUGAUCACGUCGCUGAUCGCGCUGCAUGACAUCGGCCCGAACGGUGGAAAUCUCAACAGCCGUUCAGGUUCCGUCUAUAUCGUAAAACCCAAGAUGCACGGGCCUGAAGAAGUCGCGUUCGCGUCCCGGCUUUUCGAUCGGGUAGAGGAUGCGCUGGGCAUGGAGCGCAAUACGCUCAAGAUGGGCAUCAUGGACGAAGAGCGUCGCACGACACUCAACCUGGGGGAAUGUAUCCGCCAGGCAAAGGACCGUGUGUUCUUCAUCAAUACCGGCUUCCUCGACCGCACCGGUGACGAAAUGCACACAUCCAUGGAAGCAGGUCCGAUGAUCCGCAAGGGUGACAUGAAGACCUCGACCUGGAUUAGCGCUUAUGAAAACAACAAUGUAGACGUCGGUCUUGCCUGCGGCUUGCCGGGUCAUGCCCAGAUCGGAAAAGGAAUGUGGGCAAUGCCGGACCUGAUGCAGGCCAUGCUGGAACAGAAGAUCGGUCACCCGAUGUCGGGCGCAAACACUGCCUGGGUUCCGUCCCCGACGGCGGCAACGUUGCACGCACUUCACUACUACAAGGUUUCCGUUUCGGCGCGGCAGGCAGAGCUGAAAUCUCGUGAAUCCGCGAAGCUGGAGGAUAUUCUUUCCAUUCCUGUGGCUGAACGCCCGAACUGGACACCACAGGAUAUCCAGGCGGAACUCGACAACAACGCCCAGGGUAUUCUGGGUUAUGUCGUGCGCUGGGUUGAGCAGGGGAUCGGCUGUUCCAAGGUGCCGGACAUCAACAAUGUCGGGCUGAUGGAAGACCGGGCAACCUUGCGGAUCUCGUCGCAGCACAUCGCCAACUGGCUGCAUCACGGCGUGGUCUCAAGGGACCAGGUCAUGGAAACCAUGAAACGGAUGGCAGCUGUCGUGGAUGGCCAGAAUGCCGGUGAUCCGGCUUACCGUCCGAUGUCUGAAAACUAUGACGAGUCCGUCGCCUUUCAGGCCGCCUGCGAACUGGUGAUCGAUGGAACACGCCAGCCGAACGGUUACACGGAACCGGUUCUUCAUCGUCGCCGGAGCGAGUUCAAGGCGAAGAUUGCCUGA